UCCAUUUCCAUUCCUAAUCCUCAUCUGCCAAUACUUUCUCUCCAUCUUCUUCACCUUCUUCUUCUUGCCUCUUCCUAAGGAGGAGCCCUCCUCCAGUCUAAUUCUGUAGUCUAUCCCAUUCUCAACCAAAAUGACCCUACAAACAUAGCCUCCUCACCUACUCAAACCCAGCCAAAUCAACUGUGUUUUGACAGGUGUCAAUUCUUGAUUUAAACACUUGUCCUUAAUUGCACUUGUCUGGCAAAAUGAUCCCACCAAGCUGACUUGGCAAAUUUCAAUCAUGGAGAAACAUGUGUGACCAUAAACCUCCAACCUUUCAUAGCCAGACUCAAAUUAUUGAACUCGGUGAAGACCUUGGCAAGAGCAGGGGGGCUGGUUAUCAGGGCCCUGAAUGAAUGAUGGAUCCAAAAGGCGAAGUACAGAAUAAGGUGCAAUGAUUCAUCCCAUGGAUUUCACCCCCAAGUGAGUAAGAAAAGAAAAGCAUAAACAAAAUUUCCAGUACAAAAGGAAGACAACAAACUGUAAACCUCCCCCUUAAAAAACAUCCCUUGUGGCUAAUUGACUCCCCACUCUUCCUUCUCCUCCUCCUUUGUGGUGUCAUUGUAGAUAAAAUUAAGAAAAGAAACUUCUCUUUUUCUUUAUCUUUCUUCUUCAUCCCUUAUAUUUCUUUCCUCUUUCCUCCAUUUCUUUUUCUUCUCUCUUCUUCUUCUUCUUCUUCUCCUUCUCUCUCAUGAGAGAAAUACUACAGAGGAAGGGAAGAAAAAGAGACAAGAGAAGGAGCUACUAGCUUAUUAUCUAGCCAUGAAGAACACCAUCAGAUGCUGCAUAUCUUGCAUUCUUCCAUGCGGGGCCCUAGACGUGAUUCGAAUAGUUCAUACUAAUGGCCGAGUUGAAGUGAUUAGUGGAAGCAUCAAAGCAUCAGAAAUCAUGAAAUUGCAUCCAAAACAUGUUCUGAAGAAGCCUUCUUCAUCAUCAUCAGAAGAUCAAGGUUGUUGUCCUAAGAUUGUUAUAGUUCCUCCUGAUGCAGAACUCCAACGUGGGAAGAUUUACUUUCUCAUGCCAGUUCCUCCUUCAGCUCCUCAGAAGAAUCAGAAGAGUUCGCGUUCAAGAUCUUCAUCAUCAUCAUCCUCAUCAUCAUCAAGGAGGAAAAAGAGAGAGGCUGCUGAUCAAAAUAAUGCGAAUAGUAAUAACAAUAGCAGUAUUUCCAUGACAAAUCUUCUCCUUUCUGAUCGGUAUUUGAGCGAGAUUUUAUCAGAAAAGAUAUCAACUCAAAGGGAUCGAAGGAGAGGCCGUGCUGGCAUUUGGAGACCACACUUAGAGAGCAUUUGUGAGACAUCAAGUGAACCAUGAGUAAUCACCGGUUAUUUUUUCCUUUUAUUUUUGUUUCCAAAUUUUCCAGUAUAAGAUUAUUAGGGUUCUCAAUCUUGAACUCACUUUUAUUUCUUCUGCAUAUUUUGUAUAUAAGGAUAUAAGAAUAUGAAAAAGUAAAAAGAGUAAAAAAUAGGAUCCCGUUUGCCAAAUUUCUGUUGUUCAUGUUUGAGAAUUGGACUGAAGAGCUUUUGUUUUUGUUUUUUAGGUUCUUGGUAGCACUAGAAAAUUCUCAUAAAAUAGGCCAGGCUCUGGGAAUGUAAUGUUGUUCAAUCUUUACUACAGCUUUCCAAAUUCCGGUAAUCUA